AUGGCAACGGUCAAAAAUGAGAACCUCGUAUUCUACCCCGCGUUCUGCUUCAAGGCGUCACCGACGCACUUUACCUGGGUGAAAAUGAGUGCGGCUGAUGUGCAUCGUCUCCAAACAUCGAGGGACUUUGUGGGCGAAAACAUGUUCUUUUACAACAACCACCCAAUCCAAUUCGUUAGCCUAGUAGGCAUUAUAGUGGCGCGAACUGAUAUUCCAUGGCGCACAAUCCUAACACUAGACGACAGCAGCGGCGCAACAAUCGACAUAGCCGUACUAAAAAAGACUGAACCAAAUCCCAACACCACUAGUCAAAAGACUCCAACCACAGACCCAGAACAAACACCAUGGUCCUCAUUCUCUCUCACAGCACCAACAGCUACCAGUCUCACUAAAACAACACAUAUAACAUCCAAAGAUCGCGCCGAGAUAGAUAUCUCGGCUCUCCAACCAGGAACGCUAGUCCGGGUAAAAGGAACACUGUCGAAAUUCCGCUCGCAAAUGCAAUUACACCUCGAGCGGUUCUGGCUCGUGGGUGAUACGAACGCAGAAAUGCAGUUCUUGGAUACCCGUCUGCGGUUCUUUAUUGAAGUCUUGUCUGUGCCGUGGGUGUUGACUGAUGAGGAGAUUAAGGCGUUGCGCCGUGAUGCUGAGAGGCGUGAUGAGCGCGUGCUGGAGAAUAAGAGGCGCGCAGAGAGGGCUGCGAGGAAAAGGGCCGAGCGCGAGGAAAGACAUGCUAGGGCUAUUGCGCGGCGGUAUGAGAAGGAGGAGGAGGAGAGGGAGAGGCAGCUUGGGGAGGUCAGAAAGGAUGGGGAGAGGGUAAUGAGGAAGUUUGGGUUUAGUCGGCAGGAUGAAAUGGAUUCAACUUGA